AACAAACCAAAUCAAACUUCGAGUCGAGAAUCAGACUUUAGAGGUUAGAACUUGCAAAACAAAUACAAAGACAAGUUUGCCGGCAAAUUACCAAGGAUUUCUAGAAAUUUUAAGAGUAAUAUAUAUUAAAAAAUAAGUAACAUGGCUAGUAAACCUAACUCAAAACGCACAAUAUAUGUAGGCGGCCUAGCCGAGGAGGUUGACGAGAAAGUCCUGAAUGCGGCUUUCGUUCCUUUCGGAGAUCUAGUAGAUGUUCAGAUACCGCUUGAUUAUGAGACUGAGAAGCACAGAGGCUUCGCGUUUAUAGAGUUUGAAAAUGCCGAAGAUGCUGCAGCUGCGAUUGAUAACAUGAAUGACUCAGAACUCUUUGGUAGGACAAUAAGAGUGAAUGUUGCCGCACCACAGAGAAUAAAAGAAGGCUCUACAAGACCUGUGUGGUCUGAAGACAGCUGGUUGCAGAAACAUGCGGGCGAGACGUUAAAUAUAAACAAAGAAGGAAAUGAAAACAGUACUAAAGAAACAACUGACACAGAAACUGAAACAACAUCAAAACCAAAGGAAAAGCGCAAUCCACAAGUGUAUUUCGAUAUAGCAGUGGGUAAGCAAGAAAUUGGCCGAGUCAUCAUGAUGCUGAGAGCAGACAUUGUGCCCAAAACUGCAGAAAACUUCAGAGCAUUGUGCACACAUGAAAAGGGUUUUGGCUAUCAGGGCAGCAGUUUUCACAGGAUUAUACCAGAUUUUAUGUGUCAAGGGGGAGACUUUACAAACCAUAACGGAACGGGCGGUAAAUCCAUAUACGGACGCAAGUUUGAAGACGAGAACUUCACUUUGAAACACACGGGGCCUGGUAUACUCAGUAUGGCCAACUCGGGACCCAAUACAAAUGGAUCACAGUUCUUUUUGUGUACUGCUAAGACGGAGUGGUUGGACGGGAACCACGUGGUGUUUGGGCACGUCAUCUCCGGUCUGGACGUGCUGAAGAAGGUGGCGCAAUACGGCAGCAAGAGCGGUAAGACGUCGGCCAAAGUUGUUAUAAGCAAUUGCGGAGAAUUACAAUGAAUUGUCUAUAC